AUGUACGAACAGCAGCAGCAUUUCAUGGAUUUGCAAAGCGAUUCUGGAUUUGGGGAUGAGAGCUCGUGGCUCGCCGGCGAUGACGAUCUCCGGCUCUCUCCUCACCAAUCUUCCGCCGCGACGAACCCCGGAAAUGAGAAUCUGGAUCGUCGUCUCUUAAAAGAUCUUGUUGAGAUGGUUCCCCUCAUCGAGCAAUUCAUGGAACACAAAGAAAAGAGUUCGUUUAAGCGGCGUGGUUCCAUGAUCUACACUAAGAUGCCUUCCAGAGAAUCCUUGUCCAGAAAGGGAAGAAAUGCGUCUCAAACGGUCCCAGGGAAAAAGAAGAGAGAUGCAGAGGGAAAUAACGAUGCUAUGAACAAUAGUAGGGAAGAUGGUGAAAAUGCCAGGGCUUUGGCUGGUGCAGAAAAGGAAGAGCUGAGUAGACUAAGAGAGCAAGUGAAUGACUUGCAGACAAAAUUAUCGGAGAAAGACGAACUUUUAAAGUCAAUGGAAACGUCAAAGAGUCAAGUAAACGAGAUACAAGGGAAGCUUGAAGAAACAAAACGCGUGGUUGCUGAAAAAGAGAUGUUGAUCAAGUCGAUGCAGUUACAGUUAUCAGACACAAAGAUCAAACUCGCAGACAAGCAAGCAGCCUUUGAGAAGACUCAAUGGGAAGCAAAGACAACUGGAACGAGAGCAACCAAGCUUCAAGAACAACUAGAUUCUGUUGAAGGAGAAAUCUCUACAUUCGCACGGGUAUUUGAAACUUUGGCGAAACCCGAAUCCAAGAAACUCGACCGGGAUUAUGAUGUUACUCCCUAUCAGUUUGAUCAUGUUCCAUAUCUUGACGAUGUAGAUGAAACUGAACAGAGGAAAAUGGAAGAAGCAAGAUUAGCGUAUAUUGCAGCUGUGACCACCGCAAAAGAACGAGAAGAUGAAGAAUCUCUGGCCAUGGCUGCUAAAGCUCGAGCCUACUUGCAAUCACUAGCCUUUAAAUACUAA